CGAACUUGCCGAUUCCGCUUUGACUCGAGAUUCCGACUCUGUUAAACUGGAAGGAAUUCUUGGGAUCGACCUCAUUCAAUUUAUUGAUCUUAAAAUCGUUGACUGUCUUAAGGGUAAAGCUUACGAUUUCUUUGGUAAAAUCAUUCCUAUCGGAAAUAUCGAACAUUUUCUUUCAAGGGAUGAGGUCGUUCAUAUGUAUCAGACUGUAAAUCAACUGAACGAGCGUCACUCUUGCAUUAACUUCGUGCUAGAUCCUCAAAUUUGCCAUCCUGAUCCUUUGAGUAGCAUUUUGGACGAUCGCUCUGUUGAGGGUCACAUUGAGAAAUUAUUUGACUUGGAAACCAUAGGGAUUAAAGAAGAUGAUCCAGCGUCUAAUUCUGAUCAAAUUCAAAUUGAGGAAUUUUCUAAUUCUAUUGAAAAGGUUGAUGGACAGUACCAGGUUUCACUUCCUUGGGAUAAAGAUAAGUUAGCUUUAGUUAAUGAUGGGUUUGCCGUUUCAAGGGCUGUUGUAGAAAGGGUCAUUAAAAAUUUAGAUUCUAAAGGUAAACUUGCAGAUUAUCACGAUGUCUUCCAACAGCAGUUGAGAGAUGGUAUUAUUGAAGAGAUUCCUUUGCACAGUUCAGACGAAAGCGAGCGCGUGUACAUCCCGCACCGUGCCGUUAUAAGAGAAGACCCCAAUGUUACGACGAAAAUUAGACCAGUUCUUAACUGUAGUUUGAAGGUAGGGAAGAACCCUUCCUUGAAUGAGGCGGCUUUUCCUGGAGUGGACCUAAUGAAUGACCUUCUUGGCAUAUUGAUUAAAGUUCGAUGCGACAAUUACUUGGUGAUGUCGGAUGUCAAGAAGGCAUUCUUACAAAUCAAGCUUGCUUCUGUAAAAGACCGAAAUAAAUUUUGCAUUCUGUGGAAGGUAGACGGUAGACUGGUCGUCUAUCGUUAUAAAACUAUUGUUUUUGGCUUCGUAUCGAGCCCUUUCAUCUUGAAUUAUCUUGUUAAACAUCAUGUAAAGAAUUACCCUCAGGACUUGUGUUCUCAAUUUCUGUCCGAAACCAUUUACGUAGAUAACCUGUUCAUGACGGGGAAUUCCCCCGAGCAGGUCUUGAUUCUGUACAAGCAGGCUUAUGAGCGGAUGCUGGAGGCUGGGUUUGACUUGGGUUCGUGGAGCUCGAACUGCGAGGAGCUGGUGCUUCAGUGCCAGCGAGAUGGGCGUGCCGCUGACCAUGGUACUUCGCACGAGAAGCUCCUUGGCUACCACUACCUCCCCCGCAAAGAUAAGUUGACAGUUGUGGUAGACCAUAAUCUAAAUCCACUCUGCUGUUUGCCAAAAGUAAAGUUGCUCCUUUAAAUAAGAAAAGCUUACCCACUUUAGAAUUGCUUGGCGUUUAUCUCGCUCUUAAAUGUCUACCUCAACUCGUAACUGCCUUAGGGCGCUCUACUAUUAAAAACGUAACCUUUGGGAUAGAUUCUCAGAUCGUUAUCUCAUGGAUCCUGAACGGUUUCAUUAAAAGUAAGAAUGUGUUCGCCAGCAACCGCGUGAAAGAUAUCACUUCAUUCAUUGCUGCUCUUAAAGCAAAGUUUUCUUUGGAUCUUAAUUUUCGCUUCAUUCCAUCAGCGUUAAACCCUGCCGACCUGUUGACUAGAGGUCUUACGGUUAAAGAACUUUCAACUAAAUUUCAAUUUUGGCACUCGGGUCCCGACUUUCUGCUAGAAAACUAUCCUCCCAUUUGGCCGGAAAGUAAUUUGGAAUGCUUGUCUGCUGAAAAUCAAAAUCUAGUUUCCUGUAGCGCCUUUAAUGAAACUGCCAUUUUGCCUGUAUUAAAUGUUACCGAUUUAUCCUCGCUACAUAAAUUGUUCCGCGUCACGG